UUAUCACAUUAAACAGUGUAAUGUAACUUUUCAUGUGUAGACACUUUUUAUCCGUGUUCACAAUGGCCAUGUUAAAAUUCAUGUUGAGGAAGUGUUUUCCCUUGGAAAAUUCAAAUUAUACAGUGUGACUCUUUAACUUUAAAAAGCCUUUAAAACGCCUACGUGUUCGCAAAGUUCAGAUUGGACUUCCCAUGUUGCUUCACAUAAAAAAAUCUAGACGAGCCUUUUGAUCACAUACAUGUAGGUCCUACUUUUUUUGGCUGGGCCUACUGUCUGUAAAUGGUUUCCUUUGCCAAGACUGCAUUUCACUCACUCCAAUUGGCUGAAAGGCUUACCUUUUUUCUUUCAAGUCCAGUGUCACUGUAAGCGUUGCUUAUAUAAAUAGAUUGCCCGUCAUGAGGAUCUUGCUUGCGGCGAGGGAUUUCAACUAUGGAGAAGUGAUAUAGCAACUACUUGCAUAUUUGUUACUGUUUAAUUUAUUUUGGAUAUUCGAGGUUUUAUCGAGAAGCCUCCAUGAUUCUGUUAUGGUGUGAAGUUGUCAGGUACAUUUGAUUCUGUCGACUUGAUCUGAAUUCAAAUCUGAUCUUGGGAUAUAUCUUGCUGAAAUGGCAACUGGGAAGUCUUCACAGGAAAUAUACAUUCUCCUUCAAGAGCAUGCGACCAUUACCAACUCACCUUCUCUGAAAAAAAACUUUUUCAAAAAAUCCCUGAAGACAAAAAAGAAGGAUAAAAACGAAUCAAAAUCGGCUCAGUAUGUGCCGGCUGGAAGUCUGUUGCGCAAAGAUUUAGAUACUGAAAAACAGGAAGUGUACUUAUCGCUGUCAGAAGGUUGCAGUAUCAGUUGUGCAUCGUCGGCUGUUGCCGAGCUAAGCGAUGAGGAGUACAAACUUCUGGAGGGAAUUCACCCCUGUGCAGAGAGGAUUAAAAGGUACAAUUUGAAAACAAAAGGUAAAAAAUUAACCAGUGUCCGGGAUGAUGCAUUCCUCAAUGAGUUGAAAAAGAUACAAUCUGCAAAGUCAGAAUGUUCAGGCGGUAUGGUCAAGAAUAUGUUUUCAAAGUCUAUGGACUGUGGCCUGGAUGAUAUACUAAGAUCUGAAAGCACUUCAUUACGAAGUGCUCCUCAUCCAACCGACCAACCUGUCCCUCCCGCCCUCCCGAAAACAAAUGUUGAUAUUCCCAAAUCUGUCCCAACAGAAAGGCCACCCUGCCCAUUGCCUCAGCCAGCAUUGGUUUCCUUUGAUAAAUCCCCAUCAGGAAGCAGUGGGAGUCACUCCUCAUCAGGGCGUACUUGGAGGCGCACAACUGGUCCAGAAGAGGAUGAUGAUAGAAAGUUUAAUAUUCCUCCUGAUGAGGGGUCAGAUGUGGAGGACAUCUGCAUUGAUGAUGAACACUAUUUCAGUGACGUACCAGGCCAAGUUAAUAUUCCUCCUGAUGAGGGGUCAGAUGUGGAGGACAUCUGCAUUGAUGAUGAACACUAUUUCAGUGACGUACCAGGCCAAGUUAAUAUUCCUCCUGAUGAGGGGUCAGAUGUGGAGGACAUCUGCAUUCAUGAUGAACACUACUCCAAUGCCGUACCAGGCCAAGUCAGAGAAACUAUUCCAGUUGCUAGUGAUGAAGAAGAGGAAGAUGACUUGGACCCCGACCUUGCUGUUAAAACUGAACCUCUCUAUGUAAACCUGCCUCACCCAGUCCAAGUCACAAAUGGCACACACCAAGUUGUGCCCUCAGAGGAACCCAGAGCUACGGAUGAUCAAUCGGAAAAUGCUGGUGCUGUGGCGUCAACAGUUAAAGACGAAGACGUGUAUGGGAUAUUCAGCCCGCGAGGAUUCUGCACUGAUCAUAAUGCGGUUUUUGCUCCUUGUGAAAGGAGACUUAGGGAACCGGACCAUCAUUAUGAAGGAAUCCAGUUCACCGCUCAUCCGGAUGACAUCUUUGACCAGUCGUACCCUCUUGAUCCAGAACAGCAAUACACUGGAACAUGUGUGAUCAUUAACCAGUUUACACAUGACAGGGAGGGUUCGUAUAUAGAUGUGCAGACAAUCUAUGAACUCUUUGAGGGAAAGUUCAAAUUUCGCAUCGACUAUCAGAGCAACCUUUCCAAGAAAGAAUUUCUAGGCACAUUCAAGAAGCAUCAUGACUACAUGGCUAACCCUGAUAACAGAGUUCAGAGAUUCAUUUGCUUUAUCCUGGGACAUGGAGAUGAGAAAGGUAUUAUGACAUGUGUCGGUGGCCUCGGCAGCAGAUUUCAUGCGGAAGAAGGAGCACGCAUUGAUGUCAACAAAGACCUUCUGCCCUUCCUCAACUCCUCAAAUCUCAAGACAAUGGCUGGGAAGCCGAAGCUGAUGUUCAUACAAGCUUGCCGCGGCCGUGCCUUUCAGGGUGGUCACAGGGUACAGGGAGAAGCUGACCCACAUGAUGGCAUAGGUGAAACAGUUGAUCUGAACGUGGCUGAAACCAUCCCCCCUCCACAUGUGUCAAUCCCAAAUGAUUCUGACAUCCUGGUGGCCUAUGCCCAGACACCAGGUAAACAAGCCUUUCGUGACAUGAGAGUAGGAUCUUGGUUCAUCCAGGCUGUGACAGAUAUUUUCCGUGCCUAUCAUGAACGCUAUGACGUCCUAAGCAUGAUGACUAUGGUCAGUAACGCUGUGAGUUACAUGAGCCGUCAAAAUCCUGAUGGCAGCGAACACAAACAGUCACCAAUAAUUCAACAUACGCUCCGAAAGAAAAUGUUCAUGCUGAGGGCUUCUGCGUGAUGCAACUCACUGAUCAACCUGCUCAAUAUUUCCAUGCUGCACCAUACUCAGACUGUGAUAGACAGAUAUAGUAAGGCCCUUUAUUUUUGCACCCCUAAUUUUUGGCAAAAACAUGCCUUUGUGAUUUCACUACUAUUAACUUCCCAGGAUAAAUGGACUGUGCAAGACAUUUAAGUUGCUGAAAAGUUGUGAAAAUAUUCGGUAACCGGAAAAACGCCGACCGACCGACCGACCGACUGACCUGCCAACCUACCGUCAUAUGCAGUAUCCCUUUCGCUUCUCUAGAGCACAUGUAUCUGUGUAGUGCCCAGCGCAAUGGACGUGAUGGAGUCCGACGUGUCUGACAGCAGCAUCUCCAGUCAAUUAUACCGGGAAAACGAGCCCACGCGGUAAGGAACUGAUAACGAUACUCUAAAGAUAUGCUUUGUCUACAUGGUCGGUGGAAAUAAAAACAUGAUUUGGGCCUAGUAUAUGCACUGUAGUUUUUCUACUCGAGUGUCUCGACCAAUGCAAUGCAUGAACUGCAACGCGCAACAUGCAUUUGUUGUCAUUUGACCAGCUUACGUGCGCUUGUUUACAAUUUCAUUUCAUAUGACCUGCUAUCGUGGAUUGGAUAUAUCACAUUGACUUAUGAGUAGGUUGGCAGGUCAGUCGGUCGGUCGGUCGGCGUUUUUCCGGUUACCAAAAUAUUCGGCUUCCAAAAAUGAUGAGGUUAACAGUAUGAACAUGUGAUAGUGUUGAUAAUGCACCAUGAAGCUGUGGAGGGGGUUUAUCCUUAGGAUAUUGGCGUAGGAGGCCGCAAAAAAUUUUAUGUACAUUUUUUGUAAUCUUAAUUACUAAUAUAUCUACCCAAGAAUUGGUGCUAUUGUGAUAUGGAUGGGUCAUGUUGUCAGUUCAUAUUUUUACUCAGAAUUUUCAGAUAACAUAUAUAUUUUUAUUACAUGUUCAAAUCGUUUUUUGAGUGACGAAGCUGUUUGGUGUUCAAAUGGUGUACUAUCAAAAAGAUUUUAUGAUUCGUGUUCCAAAAAGGCAAUAAUGGUUGUGUGAAUUGAAAGCUGUAUUGUAAUGUUGAUUUGUUUGCUUAAAGGAGUAUGCUGUUCGUAAUUACUGAUGGUCCAGGAAAAUAGAAAUGCAGUUAUGCACAUUGCCGUUGUGCAGUUAUUAUGCAUACGAAUUUGCUGAAAAUUGGUAUUAUUAUUUGUGUCUACUUGUCGGUCAACAGAACACCGAUGUCGAAAUUUAUUAUCAUUAGAUAUUUACGUAAUAGGAAAGUUUCAAUUUCUAUUACAAAUUAGCCAAAAAAAAUGUUAAAGCCGCGCGUAGGCCUUUAAGAAACUGAAAUAGUAUUAUGCAAAGGGACUUCAGACAUCAUAUCGUUUUGUUUGAAUUCAAAUUAUAUGCAUCUUUCUGUGACCUUCGUUAUGUUUUAUAAACCUUAUUGUCCCCGGAGCCUCGGAGGGGGACUUGAAAAUACCGGGCAUCCGGUCGUGAUUGCCGCUCGCCGCUUGCCGCUCGCCGCUCGCCGCUCGCCGCCCGUAUAUUCCCUUCCGGUCAAUAACUUCAUAACGUUUGAUGAUUUUUUUUCCAUUUUUGGUGGGAUGAUGUACGGGAGUGCAGAGGUGUGUCGUGUUGAAGAAUCGACCUGAUGUGAUUCUCCAUUUGACCAAUAGGGGGCCAAAACCCGAAACACAAAAACUGACUACGCCUUAAAUGAUGAAUAGAAUUUCACCAAACUUUAGGCUGUUGUAGGCUAAGCUAGCAAAUACACACAAUAUAUUACCCUAGUUUUUAGUUUCAGCCAUUUCUUUUUGGAUACAAUGGGUGAUAUGAAUAAAGGCUAGCAAAUGCUUUUACUUCAAUUUUGUACAGAAAGGCCAAGUGUAAAUGUACAUGGAGUUUUAGAUAAAAGCAUUUACUAUUCUUUAUUCAUAUCACCCAAUGCCAUGCCCCAAGUUCAAGCCUCUUAAUACUAAUCCACUUCUUUACCCACAACACUCCCUUCUUUUCCCUCCCGUUUAAUGAUCACACCCUCGGCGACGGGGGACGUUCAACGCUGUGCUUGUUGCUGUAAAGUUAUUUUAGAUGAGCUCCAUAUUUUUGUAAAAUUUCUCAACUCCCACUCGUUAGUACUGUGAAAAAAAAUGUUGUUAUAAAAAAUAUGUGCGUUUUCAUGUAUUGCAGCAUGUACAAGUUCUCCUUUUGAGGUUUCAAUAAAAUA